AUGGCAAUGAUUUGGGGUCCACUUUUUCUUUGCUUUGGAGCUCCACCUGGCUAUCAGUGUCAAAUGGAUCCUAAUCAUUUUCAUUAUCAACAAGCUAUGUUCAAUUUCAUGCAAAAUUAUCAAAAUCCUAAUCCUCAAAAUUCUCAAAUUCCACCGAUGCCACCAUUUUCUACUCAAGUUCCACCAUUUUCUACUCAAGAUCCAAUUGUGGGAGUUGAUCAAAAGGCUGAGAGUUUUUGGGUAAGAGUCGCUGCCAAUUAUAACCAGUAUCGUGGGGAAUCGCGGGAAAAGUUAAAGGGACAAUUAAAAUGUCGAUGGCAUCGAAUAAAUGGCUUGGUUCAAAAAUUUGUUGGGUGUUACAAACAAGCUGUUAAUGGAAAGAAAAGUGGGACAUCGGAGAACGAUGUCAUGGCCGCUGCAAAUGCAUUUUUUGCUCAGGAUCAAGUGAGGCAUCAUCGGAGAACCCAAAUACACCUUCAAGUUAUGAGUUUAACUCAUCAUCACCAAUGGAGUUUAACUCAAUUUAUGGACGACAGUGAUGAAGAACAAGAGCUUCAGAAUGAACUUCAAUCUGGAAGUUCCUCUAGGCCAAAGAAAAGAACAACGAUAGAUCGAGGUCGUGAAGAAGGGCAUAAUCGAUUGUUCAAUGACUACUUCUCGGAAAAUCCAGUAUACACAGAUGUUCAAUUCCGAAGAAGGUUCAGAAUGCAUAGGCAUGUAUUCCUUCGAAUUGUAGAUGCCCUUGGAAAUCAUGAUGAAUAUUUCCAAAUGAGGGUCGAUGCAACUGGUAAAAUGGGUCUUUCACCAUUGCAGAAAUGUACAUCUGCUAUUCGUAUGUUGGCGUAUGGGUCUGCUGCUGACAUUGUAGACGAGUAUGUUCGAAUCGGUGAAAGCACUUCAAUUGAGUGCUUACAAAGAUUCGUUCAGGGCGUGAAUGCUGUAUUUGGGGCUGAGUAUUUGAGAAAGCCUAACAACACUGAUGUUGAACAUCUUUUACAAAUGGGAGAGUCACGUGGCUUUCCAGGUAUGUUGGGUUCUAUUGAUUGUAUGCAUUGGGAAUGGAAAAAUUGUCCUGUUGCAUGGAAAGGACAAUUUUGUCGAGGUGAUCAUGGUAAGCCCACAAUCAUGCUUGAAGCAGUGGCAUCACAAGACUUAUGGAUUUGGCAUGCUUUUUUUGGUAUUGCAGGUUCAAACAAUGACAUUAAUGUGUUAAACCAAUCUAAUGUGUUUAACGAUAUUUUGGAAGGACAUGCUCCCAAUGUGCAAUAUACAAUCAAUGGGACACCAUAUAAUAUGGGGUAUUAUUUAGCAGAUGGUAUAUAUCCUGAGUGGGCUACAUUUGUCAAAACCAUUUCAAUGCCACAAGGAGAAAAGAAAAAGUUAUUUGCUCAACAUCAAGAAUCAGCUAGAAAAGAUGUGGAGCGGGCAUUUGGAGUGCUUCAAUCUCGAUUUGCAAUUAUACGUGGCCCAGCACGUGCUUGGCACAUGGGCACCCUCAAGCAUACCAUAUAUGCAUGCAUCAUAUUGCACAACAUGAUUGUUGAAGACGAACGACAUACAUAUGGAGGUAAUUUUGAUUACUCUUAUGAUAAUGUGGAUGACAACAACUCAACAACCGAAACAUUUAGCGGUCCUCAUCCGAAUCUUGCAACAAGACUACAAAGAAGAGCAAGUAUUCGAGAAAAACAAGUUCAUCGUCAACUUCAAGGAAAUUUAGUCGAGUAUAUUUGGGAACGUUUUGGACAUGAUAAUAAUAAUAAUAAUAAUAAACACUAUAGAGGUGUUAGAAGAAGACCAUGGGGAAAAUUUGCUGCAGAAAUUCGUGACCCUAAUAAAAAAGGUUCAAGAGUAUGGCUUGGAACCUUUGAAACAGCCAUAGAAGCUGCAAAAGCUUAUGAUAAAGCUGCUUUUCAAAUGAGAGGAAGUAAAGCUAUAAUGAAUUUUCCUUUAGAUGUUGCUACUGAUUCAAUAGAAUCAUCACUUUCUAGUUGCAUAAAAGUUGGUGAGAAAAGACAAAGAGAUGAAGGAAACUAUGUUGAGAUCAAUAAUAGUAGUAAUAAGCAAGUUAAGAAAGAAGAAGGGGUUUCAAUUUGUCCUUUGACUCCUUCAUGUUGGAAAGGUUUUUGGGAUACUGAUGUUAUGGGAACUAUCUUUAGUGUUCCUCCUUUGUCACCUUUAUCUCCACUCAUGGGAUUUUGAGGUGUUAAUUAGUUAAUUAAGGCCCUUUCAAUUAUGUUAAGGUCUUAAUUGAAGAGUAUAUAGAUUAAGAGUGCUUCAAUGAUGCUAGUUAUUGAAAGAGGAGUGUUUAUAGUAUGUUUUGGUAAGUGAAGAUUAGAUAUAUAUUGGUUGAUUUUUUAUUUUGGUUUUUACCAUCGGUAUCGGCUUACUGGACCGCCUAAUUUGAUUCGAAGAUCAGUUUUGAUAUCAAGUGAUUUUAAUCCCUCCGAAUUGCAGUUGCAGGAAUUCGAACCAUCAUCAUUCACACCAAAACCAUAGUUUGGAGUGUUAAUAAGUAUGUUUUGGUAGGUGAAGAUUAGAUAUAUAUUGGUUGAUUUUACUUAUAGUGUAAAUAUAGGAAGAUUCAAACUAGUGUUUAUCUAUUUAAUUAAUUCAUUUGUUUAUUUGGUCAAACAAUAUUGAAUUGGUCAAAGAAUAUUGAAAUUUAUUCAUUUGUUUAUUGGAGAGAAUA